AGACCAAGGGAUAGGUGACGUCCGCUAAACGACGAGCCUCGAUCAGAGGGCUUUGACUUAAUGUAUUGUACCCCCUAUAAAAGGGGUGGCACCCCUCAUUGUAAUGGAUCCGAAUUUUGAAGUCAAUAUUCUCCUACUUUGCAUUCUCUCUCUCUAAAACUCAUAUUAUCUGAUAUACUCGGUGGUUUAUAGCCAUCAAAUUGGUGCUUUCAUUGAGAGGAGAAGAACAUACUCGUAGGUUAACUCCCGAAAGCGAGAAUGGUGCAGACAAGGAGCAACGUCCCCACCACCAGCCACGUCGGUGGCGAGGAGAACACGCAGAGCAGCAGCAAUGGCACGGGUGGUAUCACUUCGACUCCGGACGCGGUCGAGGCACUGUUCGGCUUGGGGGUGACCACGGAGCAGCUCCAGGCAACCGUUGCGGCACUUUCUGCCCUGGGUGGGAACGUGCCUAGCGCCAGAGCUAGCAAAGCUCCGCCCGGUCCCUAUGCCGAACACGCUGCCACUUCCCAACACAAGGGGAAGAAGACCUGGAGGAGCAGAAGGAGGCCCGGCAAGGCCCCGGUGAUCGAGGAGGUGUUGGUGGAAGAUGUCCCCGAAGGAGAAGACGAUGAGUCCAGCGAGUGGCGAGUGUCGGCCUUCAGACGCUUGGGAGGUGAAGAGACUCGGGUGUCGGCCUUCGGCAGGCUCAACCGUGGACCGGAAGGACGCCCGGGCGAUCUCCGCCUACAAAUAUCCGAAGGCAGGAGGAAGCAUGCUGAGGAGUCCGCGACGUCAGACGCCUGCUCGGCGAGGCCCGAGCGGAGCAGAGAGAGGCAAGGCGAGUGGACCUAGCGUCGCAAUAGCUCGACGGGAACUAUGAGGACAAAGGCCUCUGACCAAGGGGUAU